CUACCAGCUGAUGAGAGGAUCAGCUGAUUGAGGUUUGUCGGGGGGCGGUUCCUGAGCCAAAGACAAAAUGAUUUCCGCGGAAAGUAGGCCGAGGUCUAAUACUGCAAGGGAAGGACAGGUUGACAUUCGAGAAGAUGAAGAACAAGGACUCAAGCUUUCAGAAAUUGUCGAGCUUUUAGUUGCUGCUGGUUACUUUAGGGCUCGAAUUAAGGGUCUCUCUCCCUUUGAUAAAGUAGUAGGUGGUCUAACAUGGUGCAUUGAAACUUGCAACUUUGAUGUGGAUGUUGAUCUACUAUUCAGUGAGAAUCUUACUAUUGGUCAGAAAAUAGCUCUGACUGAAAGAAUCGUCAGAGUUGUGCAAUCUAUGAAAUGUCCGCAUCAGCUUGAACCUCACCAGAUUCAGGGUCUUGAUGCCAUACACAUCUUUCCAGUCAUACAGUGGCUUGUAAAAAAAGCUUUGGAAACCAGAGAGGAAUUUGUUGAUGAAACAAGGAACUUUACAGACUUCCUGUUUCACUCUUACUAUUCCACACCACAACAAGAGAAAAUCAAGGAAGCAUGGCCAACUGUGUCCAAGACCAUAUCGGAAGUACAGGGAUCAUAUGGACCCAAGAGAAGAUGGAGAAGGAAAACCUCAACACCACAGGAGUCAGAAAGCCAGCGUAUCCAGACAACAUUGCUAGAAUAUGGACAGCUGAGUUACAUGGGUAUAAAGAAAACACCUAAUCAGGAUGAACCAGAUGCUAAUACUGAGAUGGCAGAAGUUGAGCAACUGAUGCAGUCAAUGGAUGUUGCUGAUGUUGCUGAGGGUAAACUAAGUGCACAGUAUGUAGGAAGCAUUGUCAGCACUCGUGUGAAUGAGAUUGCAGCCACUUCAAAGCACUACUCAGAACUCCAGCAGCAGAUAUCUGAGGAGAUCCUAGGGGACAGUGCCUCUUCCCAUGCCCGCUUGGUUGCAACUUUGGAAAAACAGCGUACAGCUUUAUCCAAACAAUUAGCAGAACAACAAAAGAAGGAAAAGUCUGAACAACAGAAGUUAGAGGAAUUAAAGGCCAAAUUGCAGGAUGUGAAACAGACCAGAGCAGGAUUAGAACAAGAGAUACAAGAACUAGGCAUAGUCGACACCAAGGAAAACAACAAGCUAUUGGAACAACUCUCAAAGCUGGUAGCAGAGAAUGAGGCAGUAAGGAAGAAAGAGGCUGAGUAUAAGGAUGGAUGUCGAAAAGAGUCAGAGAAGCUGAAGAAGGAAAUCAGUGAUCUACAAACAAGAUUAAAAGAAAUUGAUGUAGGAGAUGAAAUUACCGAAAGAUACACAGCAGAAAAGGAGAAGUAUUCCAAGAUGAGACGACAACUGGCUAAAAAGACCAGGCAGGUGGAAGCAAUGAAACGUGUUAUAGAUGAUGUUCCUGGCCGGGCAGAGCUGUCACAGUAUCAGAGACGCUUCAUUGAACUCUACAAUCAAGUUGCUGCCACACAUAGAGAAACUCAACAGUUCUACAAUAUGUACAACACCCUGGCGGACACAAAGAAUUAUAUGGAUAAGGAGCUUUCUCUUCUCAACUCAAUAUUAGAUAACAUGGCAAUUGCACUCAGUAAUUCUGCCAAUAUGGAUGAGUACCUUCAGCAACUAGAUACAAUAGUGGAGGGUAUACAUCAGAACAGAUUAAAGCUCCAGAAAAGGCAGGCAGAAGAAAGAUCACAUCGCAACAAGCUGAGUGAUGAAUUAGCACGUCUCCAGGAGCUCAGCCGUCAUUAUGCAAAAACAGUACAUCAGCUCGGACAAGAAAUAAAGAAAAAUGAAGUUCUGCAUCAAAAACUUAUCCAGAAAAAAGAGUAGGGGAUACGUAGAUGAUGCUCACCCCCUUCCAUCUUACUGAAAAUAUAUAGCCCUGUUUGUAGUGCUCUUCAUGCACAAGAUUUUCAUUAUGAAGAAAAUGAUUUGAUUCUUGAAUUCGUUUUGAAUUAGAUAUAGGACAUUGUAGUACAAUAAGCAUACGUAAUUUGUAUGCUUAGUGUACCUGUCUUACCCAAUAUCAUAGUAUAAUUUAUUUAAAACAAAUCAUAUUUUGAGAGGUGUUGAAUUUUUCUGUUAUUUAAAAAUAUUGUGAUUUUGCAUUCCACAAAUCUAUAUGUUGCAUUUGGUUUCAUGUCUGUUAUAGGGUUAUAGAAUGAACAUUUUAAUUUUGACUGUAAUAAAUAGAAAUAGAAAAAUAUCUAUCAUGGACCUGCAAGACUUGAUUUCAGAAAACAUGCACAGUAAUGUCAUGGGAGAAACCCUAAAACCCAAGACUAAUGUAUAUAUGCUGUGAUUGUGAUCUUGUAGUAAUUUCAUUGCUAACAAACUUGUUAUGUUUUUACAACGAAUCUACAGACAGUCUUCAUAUUCUGUCUAUAUGCAGUUACAGAUGCAGAUAUAAAAACAACAAUAAUUUGAUAUUGAUACAUAUUUAAGUUUAUGUAUAUGUAUGUAUAUCUUGUAUUGUAUGAAAAAGUAUUUAUGUAUAAAAUGAUAGAAUAUCUCUGAAAGAAAAUAUUUUUCAAAAAAAUCUUGUAUGUUUUACAUCUUAUAGGUACUUCUAGAAGGAACAUUCUGAAUGGUUAAACACUCUACUGUGUUGAUACUGUGGUAGAAAAACCCACAAUGUAAAACUAGAUUUACUGAAAGUGAGACUAAAGUUUCGAAAUCCACCUGGAUUCCACCCUCAGGUCUGAAUAGGAAAGGGAGAGGAGGAAGUAUAAAAGAGAGAGAGGAGAGACAAAGCGGUAAUAUGGGGCAGGUGAGGACAGACGACAUGACCUAGUGGGUACCAGAACCUGAGGAUGGAAUCCAGGUGGAUUUUGAAACUGUAGUCUCACUUUCAAUAAAUCUAGUUUUACAUUGUGGGUUUUUCUACCUGUUAUGGACUGUAAUUUUGUGAGGCUUAUGUAAAAAAUGGGCAUCAUGCUAGAAUCCAGUAUAAUUCCUAUACACUCCUCAAUUUUCAGGGUAUCAAGAGAGUGUAAGAAAACAUUAGCCCUAUUAUAAUACUUAUGAUCUUAGUAUGCGCAGGUACUACAGAGAACAUAAUUUUUAGAAAACGGAAAGAAUUGUAAUCCUUUAUUGUAGGCAUAGUCCAGUUCUCAUUCUAAUAACAAGCUGAUCAUGAAUGAAUAUUUAAAAGAAAUCUUUGAUUAUUUAUAUUGUUCAUAGCAAGUAGUAAUAUCAGAUUUCCAUGAUAUGAUUAUCAUAAAAAAAUACAAAUCUAACUGAACCUAAAAAAUCUAGCUAUUGAAGUCUCUGGGGACAGGAGACCCAAGUACAUUAUCAAUAUUUAAUUUAGCCCAUGAUUAUAUUCAUCAAUUGAAUUUGUGAAUUGUUUUUCUGUACAAAUGGAUUAAGGGGCAUCUGUAUCUGUGACUACUGUUACCCGCAGUAAAAUAGUAAAAAAAUA